UCCCAGCAUCAGCAGGUCACAGCCAACCCCCAGCCUAACAAGACACCCUCCUACCACCACACAAGAUAAGAGAGGUAGAGGAUGAGGUCCUCUACCUGAUCACUGCUGCUCUGUCUUUCCCUGCCUGGGCUCAGGGCACCUGCUAUGGAUGCUGAGCGUUUGGAGUGUCUGUUCUGUGUGCAGCCUGAGCUCUCCGCUGCAGAGGAGGAAGACAGCUGGGAGGGAGCUGGUGAAACUGUGGGUGAUGAAGAGGGAGGAAAGCAGCAGGAUGUGUCACACGACGACUUUUCAGAGACCCCUGAACUGGGGAACAAUGAGAAAGACAUCAUAUGUAACACUGAAUCAUGUGUCCAGCCCUACAAGAUAUGGUCUCCCCCCGUCUUCUCCUGCUUUGGGAAAGAACAUGUCUGGUUUGCAGGGUACGAAAUUACUAUUCAGGAAUCAAUUGAAAGCUACGCAGGAGUAGUCUGGCCAGCAGUAAGUAACACCAUGAACAUGUACACCAUUUCCAAAUGUGAGGCAAAGGCAUUAUGUUACUUCCUGGAUGAAAAUAAAGAUGAAUUUGAUUUGAGAGACAAGAACAUUCUUGAAAUUGGCUCUGGAACAGGCCUGGUAUCCAUUGUUGCAUGCAUCUUAGGAGCUCAAGUCAUAGCAACUGAUUUGCCUGAUGCACUUGGAAAUCUGAGAUAUAACUUGUCAAGAAACACAAGAGGGCGCUGUGUGCAUAUUCCCGAAGUCAGAGAACUGGUCUGGGGACAAGAUCUUGAAACAAACUAUCCAAGCGACACCCCUAUGUUUGAUUAUAUUCUGGCAGCUGAUGUAGUCUACUACCACACCUGUUUGAAACAACUUCUGGAAACUAUGAAACACUUGUGCGGACCUGGCACACAGUUAAUAUGGGCCAAUAAGUUUAGAUUUCGUACAGAUUUCGAUUUUUUGUCGGAUUUCAACACUGCGUUUGAAGUAGAACUACUCGCUGAGUUUCCACAAUUAGAAGUUAAAAUCUUUAAAGCAACACACAAAGACGAUUAGUUUGUACGGUGUGUAUGUAUGGGGAAACAGGAGAUCUAAUCUUUGAUGGUGUUUUCACUGAAAUAUUCCUUGAGAUCCUCCGAGUAAUGUAGGCUAUGAAUCAUCUCGCUAACAUGUCAAUUGACUAAUAAGCAAACAAAAUAAUCUACGAAUUGAAUAGUCUCUGUCAUCAUGCCACAGAGCAGGUAAGGCAGGGGUCAGAGCCUCACACAGGUAAUUGGGGAAGGAGGUGGUCAGAGGCACACAUGGGUAAUGGGGCCCAUAAUAAUGGGCCCCCACUGUCUUUUUAUUCAAGUGCAGAAACAGUGUGCAAUUUGCCAAAAUGACAGGGAGACACGUGCCCCCCCCCCCCCCCCCUCCCAAAUUCACCUAUGCACGCAUAUGUUGUUCCGUGUCACUAACACCACACACCUAAAAAAGAUGAAACCUGUGUAAGUGAGACAAAGUCAAGUCUACGCCUAUAGCACUCCCAGUCGCAAGGGAACUAUGCAAGCAGGCAAGGGCGUAGCUACCAUAGGGUGCAGGCAGUGCAAUUGCUGUGGGGCCCAUCUUCCCUGUCACAGUUACAUGUGUUAUAUACAUUUUCACCAUUAGGUGGUACAUAGGCGUCCUUACAAACAUUUACCUUGUGACCUGGAAUAUGUCUAGUUAUGCCCCUAGACCUGCUCACUGUAAUGUUGUAUAAAAUGAACUGGAGGCCAUUAUAAUGUUACAUAACAUGAACCGGAGCACUGUAAUGUGGCACAAUAUGAAGUGGAGGCACAAUAAUGUGGCAUAAUAUGAACUGGGGACAGUAUGUUAUAAUGUAAAUUGGGGUACUGUGUUGCAUAAUGUGUACUGGCAGCCCUAUAGUGUGACAUAACAUGAACUAGGGCAAUACUAUGGGGCAUAACGUAACUAAGGCACUACCAUGGUUCAGAAAAUGAAUUCGGGAUCUAUUAUGGGAUUUAAAAUUAAAACCUGGAAGAGAGGUGUCUCCCUAGAAGUAUUGGGUCAGAGGCCACUUCAAAUUAUUGCUAUGGGGCCACAAAGUUCUGGCUACGCCCCUGCAAGCAGGCUACUUAUGCGUCGGACAUUUAUAGAAACAUAGAAUUUAAUCGCAACCCUUUUUAAACCUUAAUUCUUUGUAAGGAUAUUCAUAUGCCUAUCUCAUGCAUGUUUAAAUUGCUCUACAGUCUUAGCCUCUACCACCUCUGAUGGGAGGCUAUUCCACUUAUCCACUGCCCUUUUUGUGAAGUCAUUUUUCCUUACAUUUCCCCUGAACCUGCCUCCCUCCAGUUUCAGUGUAUGUCCUCGAGUUCUAAUACUUCUCUUCCUUUGAAGAAUGUUUCCCUCCUGAACUUUAAGACCCUUGAUAUAUUUGAAAGUUUCUAUCAUGUCCCUCCUGUCCCUUCUCUCCUCCAAACUAUACAAGUUAACAUCUUUUAGCCUUUCCGGGUUGCAGCUGUUUUGCAGAACUAUGCUAAUGCUGCAGAAGGCAUCUGAAGUCAUACAAUGCCCACUGCCAGAAUCUCAAAUCAGAAUGCCAUGUCUGAAGGCGCAGCAUUGGUAUAUCCGAGUGAGCCUAAGGCUACCCCAGAAUGGCCAUCUCAUUUCCGGCCUCGGCACACCUCAAAAGUGGGACAGACACACCCCCAAUUUUAAGAACGCAGAUAGUCCCCACCCCCAAAUGGUUGCUCCCUGACAAUCAGGCUGUGGCUUAUGUAGUGUUGUGACCACUGCCACAUCCACAGGUCUACACAUGCGCAGAUAAAAAAAAAAUACCAUCAGUGAGGUGCGUAAACAUUGCGUUUAUGUGUAUCUCUGAAUCAGGCCCCUAGUCUUUAUUCAGUGGUAACGCCACUCUUCCCUUGUAUUGGCCUAAUAUAAAUAUGUUUAGAUGAAUAGAAACAUUGGUGUACUUUAGGAUUUGAUGUCAUUUCUGCAGAUGGCUUUUUCUUUUGUCUGUCGCAUGUUUUGCAGCAUAUUAAUCCUAUUGAAUCAUGCUGAUGACAUAAGAAAAAAUAUACAGGUGUGGUACAUAUGUAAGCAGAUAUAUAAGUUCAUUACUGAAGAAAAACAUACUAUAGGUUUCCUAUAAAAAUAUUUGUUUAUAAUUUGUACAUAGAGCUUUAUUAUAUGAUUUCUUGUGCAUUCUUGUGAAUGGAGACAUUUCUGUGUUUUUUGUUUGUAAUUAUUCUUGUUAACACAUAUUUUAAUACAGUAUGAUUGUGAAACUGCGAAUCACAAUUAUACUACAAGAUUUAUUACUUCUUUAGUCACUGUAGGAAUCAUUAAAGACACUGUGUUCAGUC